CCGGACCCCGCUCCCCCAGACUUCUCCUGUACCUACCGAACACCCAAGUCCGGAACCCGUCGGUCGACUGUGGUGUUGGUGGAAGAUCUGAAAACUUUGUGGGCAUCUGGCCAGGGACAACACGUCAGUUGCCCCGAAGACUACGACGAUUGUUCUGUGUCUGUCUGAUCGAUAGAACCUAAACAUGUGGCAAGGAUUUCUCUUGUGUUUGUGCUGCAUAAUUGCGGGGGCAGCAGCCGCGCCCAGCAAACAUUCCCGCUCAAAGAGGGCGGUUCCCGCCAUGGUGGCAGACGCAGCCAAGGACGUGGCGGGGAAGGUUGUGGACCGGCUGGGUGACAGGAUCGCGGAGGGAGUGGUGGAGAACCACCAGGCGAAGGUGGUGGGUUCCCUGGAGGAAUACUUCUCGGGACAGUUCGACCAGGCCGAUCAGGCGUUCGAUGACGUCUUGGCUCGCAGCGGAAACCUCCUGGCAGGUGUUCAAGGAGUCGAGGAGGCCAGGCUGAUGCUGACACACGGCAGAGGGACCAACACAGGCGACACCUUCGCACCCGCCAGUCAGGAGAUGACCCUAUCCUUCGAUCACGUGGACGAUGACGAUGAGGAACAGGACAGCUCAGAAUCGGGUACUGCUCCCCACGCCUACCCAGGGGGCAUCGGGACGGUGAUGAUGAACGGCUGCUUCAACUCCGGCUAUCAGGAGGGAGACCCCUGCUACGAGGCGCACGUGCCCAUAGAAGCCUGUGCCAACAUCAUCGACGGAGCAACCUUCCUUGGCGUUGGCUAUGACGGACGAGGAGACUACUCGACUGACUCUAGGAAGAAGAGCCUCGUCCAGCGAUCCUGCAACGGUCUGCAAGGGUAUAAGGAGUUCCAUGUUCCUGACCAGAUGACCGUGCAGGGCAUCUACGACACCGACGUGGAGACCUACACCUUCAGCGCCAUGGAGGAGUACCGAUCUUACCUGGAGGACAAGUCCUCCGUGACGUCUGCCAAGGCCAUGUUUCAGCAGGAGAUGAACAAGGCUCAGGGAACCGGGGCGGGCGGAGGCGCCUUCGGGCUGCUCUUUUCUGUCGGGGGCGGUUCAUCGUCGGCCAGCGGCAGCGACAGCCAGACGUCUGGGUUCACAGGCACCUCGCUGGCUAGCGCCGAACUAAGUGAAGGUGAAUCAAAAACCUUCAUGUCCAUGCUGGAACUGAACGUCUUCAGGUAUGAGAUUUUCCUGGACUUCGUGAAACCUGAAGAUUUGAACUUGGCUGCUCUGCGCGAUUUCCUGAAACUCCCGAAGUCCUACUUCAACAUUGGGGCUGAUCGGAUGUACAAUAACUACAUCCUGCGCUGGGGAACACACUACAUCACCUCUGCCAUGUUUGGAGGACAGCUCAAGAUCAUCAAGACCAAGCAGGUAACUGACGACACCUCGAUUGAGAGCUUCGCCAUGGCCGCCCAGACGGAGUACAAGAAAAUGCUCAGCACCUACUCCGCUAAGGAGACGAUGACGAAGUCCAGUAGCUGGUUUCACGAGCAUGAAACCAAAAAUGAGCAAGAAAGUUCGUCAGGAUCGGCAACUGCAGAUACCACAGCUGAAACAUCCGUCGGUGAAACGGCUCGCCGGAACAAGAUGGAGUUCAGCAGCGAACAGAUGCGCGUGCAGGGCGGCGACCAGAAGAUCGCGGGCGCCAUCACGGACCUCUACACAACCUCCUUCGCAAACGACCUGGUCGACUGGCUAGACUCCAUCGAGGAGUUCCCUAAAGCUUUCGAGUUCACCAUGAAGCCCAUCGCCGAUCUGUUCGACAUGAAUUUCGACCUACUCUUCCCCAACGGAGUGACGGACCUGGGCUGCUUCGGAAGAACUACACUCCGCGAAGAUUCGCACGGGAGGAAUUACUACACCCAGGCGGUACAAGUUGGAAACGGCUCCACAAUCGAGGAAGUUCGCUACUGUGACUUCAGCUCUCAGGACGACAUGAGGGAGGGCUUGAUCAAUCGGCGGUUGGCUCUUAACCGCGCAGUAGCCGUGUAUCUGGAGGAGGGGAAAUUCACCGCGAAGGACUUCUCCAUUCCUGCUGGAGAGCCCGGAUGUGAGACCGCUGAGCUGGUGCUUCUGGAGGGUUCUAACGACGGAGCUCCUAGCUGGCAGGAAAUGAUCAGCGGCCAGGAAUUCACCGUCGUCUUCGACAUGCCGUACAACAUCCCCAACUUCAUCCAGGCCAAGGCGUCCCUGAACGUGGAGUUCAGGCACAACAGGUGGCUGGCCAUCCGGGAGGGCUUCAGGCCGCAUCUGUACGACGGGCAUCGCAACGGCGGCAGCGGCGACGUCACCGGGAACAGGAUAAGCGUGGGAGGUUUGGUCAUGACGUACGACGAGGUUACUGGUCUGCUGACUGUGACGGAAGCGGACUUCGACUCGUCAGCACGGAUCAUUCCCGACCUGCCUCCCUGGGUGAACGGCCUGACUGUAGCCCGGGCGGAGUACAAGUCACUGCUGCAACAACUCAGCACCCACCAGAGUGAGACCAGGGGGCACAUGCCUUGCAACUUAAAGUGGUCCAACGCUCAUCGCAUCGACCCGACCGAUGGGGGGAAGUGCAUCCACUUCACCGCCGCAUCGCUCGGUGACAUGUACGUGGUGUUCUCCGGCGUCCCCGACAACCACGAGACCUGGGUCUACCUGGAGAUUUCUCCUCGCGGUGUGGCGGUCUACAAGCGUAUGCGUCUGGAAGUGACGCAGCUGACACGUGGUGCGGCAGGGCUGGGGUCGGACCUGCUCUACCAGUCCUUCUUCGUGUGCGUCACAGAAGACCUUGCGUCGGGCACAACAACCGUACAGUACGGCAAAACACCCGAGAAUGAGGAAAUCGCUAACGUCUGGCUGGACUACCAGUUCAACGAAAUUUACAGUCUUCAUUACUACGCCUUCGGCGCCGGCACGGAGGAGGCCAAGUUCAUGGGAGUAACUCAACUGGAAAAGCUCCCCGAUGAGUUCAUCAUCUGCCAGGAGGGAACGCACAAGGAGAACGGGCACUGCGUGCAGUCGUGCCACCCGGAGUGCGACGGCUGCAGGACUACUGGUUCAGACGACCCACGCGACUGCAUUGCGUGCCAGAACAUGAAAGUGUCGUACCCGCUGAUCGGUUCUGCCGUGGGCGACUUUGAGUGCGUGGCAGUCUGUCCUUCUACUAUGAGAGUAGUGGCUGGCACCACCAAUUGUGAAUGUAUAAAGCGUAUGCAUCAGGAUACUGCUGAGGGUGUGUUGCACGUGUGCGUGGCGACCUGUCCUCUCACCCACUAUGACGACAGCGGCAUCUGCAGGGAGUGCAGCAGCUUCUGCCACGACGUGAGUGGUGACGGGGACAAUGUGUGCACCGGGCCUGCGCCCGAACAGUGCCACACGUGCAUCUACGUGGCGAACGACGGGAGCUGCACGUCCGGCUGUGACCCCGGCGAGAAGGCCGUUCCCGACGCGUCGGGCGACACCUUCACCUGCCAACCCUGCCGGCCCGGCUACAGGUGCGUCAACGGAGACGAGCUGGAGGAGAUCUGCCCGGCGGGAACCUACAGUAACACGGAGGGGACGGCCUGCGACCCGUGCGCAGCGGGAGAGUUCAGCGACAGACGCACAGCCUGUGAGCCGUGUCCAGCGGGAGAAUUCAGCACCCAGAGCAGCUCGACCAGCUGCCAGACCUGCCCGGCGGGGCAGUACAGCGGCUCCCCCGGCUCCACGAGCUGCCAGAUCUGCCCGGCGGGACAAUACAGCGGCUCCCCCGGCUCCACGAGCUGCACCGUCUGCCCGGCAGGACGGUACAGCCCCAGUCCAGGGUCUACGAGCUGCACGAUCUGCCCGGCAGACACCUACAGCAGCUCCGCCGGGUCCACUAGCUGCACGCAAUGCCCGACUGGGACCGGGAGUGCAGCGGGAUCAACUUCCUGCAGCAGUACUGACGAGUGCGCAUCCAACCCUUGCACACACGGGACAUGCCAAGACCUCACUGACGCAUACUCUUGCACUUGCAACACGGGAUGGACGGGGGUUAGAUGUGACCAAGCGGACUACUCCUGUGGGAAUCCCGACCUAAUCAGUGGAGACCUCGGUACUAUUACCUCCCCUGCUUACCCGAACAACUACAACGACAACGCCCGCUGUUCCUGGACGAUAACUGUCAGUACUGGCAAGCGGGCCGCCAUCAGGUUUACAGAUAUCGACAUUGAGUCACAAUCCACCUGUAGUUACGACUCCCUGACGGCGUAUCAGGGCACAUCUGCCAGCGGCACACAGCUUGGCAAAUUCUGCGGUUCUUCAGGUCGGUCAGUCCUGUCUGGUACGAGAGAGAUGCACCUUGUCUUCACCUCAGACGGUUCAGUAACCCAAGGCGGAUUUUCCAUUCAGUAUGCAGGAGUUACCAAUCUUGCGCUGUCGCGGAGCACAUUGCAAUCCUCCACCGAAGGUACCGGAUAUUCCUCCCGAGCUGUGGAUGGGUCCGACGGAAGCGGCAUUUACAACUCUAAUUCAUGCACACAUACAACAACCCAGACCAACCCAUGGUGGCGGGUUGAUCUGGGCAGUACCCGAACCAUCUUUCUUGUCAAUGUGUUCAACCGUGUCGACUGCUGCAGCGAUAGGCUAAACCCUUUCUAUGUGCACGUUGGUGGCAGUCCGACCGUAACCAGUAAUCCAAAUUGCGGCGGCCAACGGUCCGUCGUGUCAGGGUCCCUUCAGACUGUGUCGUGCGACGGUCAGCAGGGCCGGUACGUCGGGGUAGCUCUGCAAGGAACCAGCCGCAUCCUGACCCUGUGCGAGGUGAAAGUCUUCGGCUUCUAGGACCUCAGCUGCCAAGUUCUUCAAGACUGAAGCAACUGGAGCAAGACCCAAUAUGGAACCCUGUUUGUUUACUCGUUUAUCUCAUUUCUAGGACAUAGAAAUCAGUGUCUAUCAAAUUAAAAAUUUAUGUAGCAGAACACCCUGCAUGCUCGCGUCGACAACUACACAAUAGAAUGUUUUUCUUUCACACCUCUCUUCUCCAGAUAUUUCUGUCGGCGUCGUUUAAUUGUUUAAAACACAUUACCGAGAAAUCCUAGAAAUGAGAUAAAUGUAGGAGAUAAAUAAUCCAUUGAGUUUGAUACAACCUUUACUUCAUGAAUUUCACCAGAGUAAACUUUCACCGUUUGGACAAGUACAGAGAUUCCCAUGCACAAAAAAGCGUCUUUUACUCAAGUGUCAAGAUUAAAGUAAAGAGGACUAGAAGAUGUUAGACUGUUCAAAGAACUGUUAGAUUUAAUUGGAAUCACCAAACAUAUUAAAGCAAAGUAUUGCCAGUUCCAGUGUCCAAAAUGAUAAAAUUUAAUUUAGAAAUGGUCGCUAAAACACAACAUAUUGGAGAAAGGGAAUACUUAUCAAUUCAAAAUCCUGAUGACAGUUCUUAUCAAGCCCUGUAUCCGAAAUUGGGUUGUUUCAAAUUCGAUUGGUACGACGGCAACUGCAAUACAAUGUUGGGACAACCGUACACAACGACAUCUUUUUUGUUGUUGUUAUUUUUAAAUAUUGGAGCCUUUUAAAAUGGCAUAGUCGACGAUAUCUGGAUGCCAACUGUGUGCGAAGUUACUACCAAUGUAAAUCUACUAAAGAAACAGACGAGACGAAAUUUUUAUUGUUGUACAUCGGGUCCCAGCAUUGUAUUUAGAAAGAAAUAUAUUUGGUACGAUAUUAGCCCGGUCGUAGCAGGUUCAUGCCUUGGGUAACUUGGCACGGGCGUUCUUACUUAUCAUCAUGCACUGAGCUACACUUCCGUAAGCAGUAAGCCUGUUCAUGGUUUGAACUGCGCACGCAUGAACGAGGUCAACGGUGAUAACACAACUUGUAAACAGUUCUUGUCAAGACCAUGUUUGAUACCAUGCCCAGACGUGUUUUGUUUAUGUCUCAGUGGCCACUGCGUAUGCGCACUUAAAACCACAAAUCAGCUUAUACUACCCAAUGGCUUGGUUACCUUGUUAUGACAUGGGUUUUAAGAUGUUUUCAUUCUAUUAUGGUUCAAUGAUUUAAUGUAAUCAAUUCACUGAAUAUAAAUUAAAGUACUAGUUGGCAUCAUGGUUACUCAAUGACGGCAGUUGUCUGAUAUCCCGUCACCAUGUUGCCCGUUUGUAGCACUCAGGUCUACUUGUGUUUCAACCAUCAUAAUUACGGAAUCAUAACAUCACAGAUAUGUCAGCUAACACAUCAUGAAAUUGACAGUCAGACUAUGAAUGAAACCAAUGCUUUUUACUUAAUAAAUUUUCGCGUAAUAAAGAUCUUAGUUUGAGACAUUUUGAUGGUUGAGGUGCGGGUAUUUUCCACCUGAUAAGGAUAAUGAAUAGCCAAGAUGUUAUUUGUUUUCAAAGAAUACAAUGUAUGAGUUAUGACAUUUAACUAUAAAGCAACAUAUGUUGAAGAUAUUUUAAAGCUGACGUUGAGAUACAUUCACAUAAUAAUCACUUCACAAGUAAUAUGACUAAUAACAUACAAUCUGCCAUCAUGUUCAUUUCCGGACCUUAUUGCUCAAGGGAAAUCAAUACUAAGUAAGACGUCAUCACAUGGCCACCUUAGGCUAAAGUUUACUUUUCUUCUUUUGAUCAACAAUUGACUUGUUUGGCGCAGUAUUAUUUGAACACCAAUAUUAGCAAUUUCUUAAAACUAUAACAGCAUUAUAGCCACGUUUUCCAUAUUAAAAGAGAACAUCAAUAAUAUAGAUUAAGUAUGGCUAAGUGAAGAUUUAAGUUUUGUCUUGAUUAAUUUAGUUUGAAUAAACCUGCAUUUGCCGUCAA